AUGUACAAUGUCAGUGUUCUAAGACUAAUUUAUAUGUUUUUGUGUCUUUCUUUCAAUUCCACAUUUCCAAUGCACCGAGAUAGUAAGCGGAUGAUGCCCUUUGAAACUCAUUAUGUUACCCAUUUUAAAUUAUGCAACAAAGAAAAUCAGGGCACUCCGUUUUAUCGAACAAAAAAAAUGGCAAGUAAUAUUGAAAACGCAUUGAAGAAAAUAAAAGAUUCAACUCAAGAUGUUGGCAAAAAUUUUCAGUUGUUUAUGAAUGGUAAAAAUAAAGAAACAUCCAAAAAUAAUCUUAAUGACCUGACCCAUUAUGAACAAUUGGUCUUUAUGAAAAAAUAUCCUUAUCUGGAUUUAAAAGAGUUCGAAAUGAAGUACAGGCCGGCAUCAAACAAGAUUGCACGAGAAAGUUUUGAAUUUGAAUCUGGAUCGCAUCUUCGUGGUGAUUCCAGUUUAUGUGAACCGUUAGAAGAGGGGCCAAACGUAGAAAUAUUCAAUAGGGGAUUAUCAGGUUUCACUAUUCCUCCGAGGGAUAAUAAAGGAGCUGAAGUUUUUAACAAUGAAAAAUUGUAUAAGCAAGAUGCCAUACUCAAACCUCAGAUUUAG